CCAGGUAAAAGCUAAUUGAGCUCUCCAGUUGCACGGCGGCAGAGCAACCCAAGAUGGCUGGCUCAAUAAAUUCAGGAUUUCUGCAAACCCUGAUCGAUCUACCUGACUGGCUUAAAAGGCGCCCGCACACGCACUGAUUGCAUCAUUUGGCCUCCAAUCGCCGGGGAGAACGCUUUGAUUUGCAUAGAACAUUCAGCAGCAGCAGCAGCAGACGAGGUACCAUAGCAGUUGGAAAAAUGUCAGACGGCGGAAAAUCCCUGGGGGCGGAGAAAUCCGUGAGCUAUGCCCUCUAUCUCCACCUCAGGGAACUGUGUCGGCCCAAGAGGCGUCUGAUGCGCAUCGCCAGCACCAAGCUGGCACUGACGAACGAGCUCAUUCAGCUGCAGCAGCGCCGGCAGUGGGAGACGGCCUUUGACCUGGAGCUCGACACGGAGGCCAGUUGCCAGCUAAACAGGGCCCUGGAUCGGGAGAGACUAUAUCGGGACAGAUUGCGCAGCAAUAUGCAGAGGCAGCUAGCCAAGCAGCAGCAGAGCAAGCGAAAGUAUCUACAGGAUAUGGGAAAAAUGUAGGAUAUACGUCUUUAAAUAGUGCUAGUAUAUACUAUAUAUAUAUUUAGCGAAAUACUUCAUUAGGUAAAAUGUGAUUUAUUAGCUAAGAAACAUUAAUUUAGGAUCUUAUUUUAGACUUUACAAAAGUAAACGAUUCCAAAUAAACAGAGAAAAUAGAAGAAAAAUUGUUUGUAACUCGAUAUAAAAUUAGACAGAACAAUUUUAGAGUAGACAAUUCUUGCAAGUAAAUGUUUA